GCAUCCCCCAAGCGUGCCCAAAUGCCAAACAACUACGAUGAAAAACAUGAGCUUGUCUGCUACUAUAUAGUGCACUUUCUCGGCCCCGUUGUGUUUGUCAUCAUACUCUUUUCUUACUUCCUCUGGAUCCUGAUCACGACCGUCCAAGACAGUACCAACCAGACCAUACUGCCGCGCCACACAAUCCUUGGGUUCAGCAUAGCGCUCCUGAUCUUCGCCCCGGUGCUGCUGAUUGCGCAUUGGGUCUUCCUCCACUUUUAUUGGCGACGGAACCGUCACGGCGGCGGCGUCUUGCCGCCUAGGGAUUUUGAGCUGGAGCACCUUGCUGGAAUACUGCGGCCGCCUCUCGAAGCCAUCAAGGCCGCCCUGCCGUCGCAGGAGCCCGGGCCCUGCGACCAUGAAACAAGGCGGAACCCCGACCGGCUGAGGAUAGACAGCCUGGACACUGCCAGACCGAGCGUGGACUAUCGGAGCCCCUGCAGCCCCUCGCUUCAAGACGUCGACCCGACGACGCCCAGGGGCGCCUUUGCUGUCCUCGAGGGCGGCAUGCCCGAACCACAAAGCGAUAGCCACUCCCUAGCUUCCAGUACAAUCAUGCAAUCGCCACUGCCUCUAGACGCCCCCAUGUCCUUCUGGAAAGACCGCCCAUCGAAUCACGAGACUGAGAGCAAACAUACGCAGCACUCACGAUACGGCGAGGUCUCCCCACGCGUGCAUUUCGACGCCUCCGUCACGAACCACGGCAGGUCGGCCGGUGUGGGCGGCGAUGACGCCCGCCGCUGGAGGGCGCCAGCCGACGCGAGGAGCCUCACCGACCAGCCCAACAGGGCGCGCAAGAGUCUGUCUUAUCUGAGGACUGCCGACGCAGUCGCCGCCAAUGGAGGUGGUUCCGCUGCGGCCUCCAAGGAGGGUCCUGGCUCCCGUGACGCUGACUUUACCCCCUACAAUCUGUCGCGCGGGUCGCAUUUUGAGAGUGAAAGGGGUGUUUGGGUAGUUGAUGGGCCGCUUGAGGAUGACAACUGA